AGCGCGCCGCGUCCAUACUCGCUUCUAUGACCAGGCGUGUAGAUAAAACACGCUCUCUGGUUCUGUCAGCCAUUUAUCCUGUGAAACGACUCACCUUUCUCCUUCACUUUCCCGUGUUUCACUAUUUGAAUGAGGAGUAAAUAAAAUUCAGUGUAGCCAUGUCAGUUUCCGAGCCACCGUCGGUGGACUCUAGCGGAGCGGGAGGGUAUGGAGUCUUUUACCCAGCUGGAUACCAGGCAUUGAACCCGGAGGAGCACGGCCUAGACCGCGGCUUCCGACUCACGGCCUUUUCCGAUCUGAAAGGAUGAGGGUGUAAAGUCCCGCAGGAGACUCUGCUCAAACUCCUGCAGGGACUAGAGCCUGACCGUCCGCCCGGAGAGGACGGCGGUUCGGGAACGGGUGUUGGAGACGAGACCAAUGAAUUCGGGCAACUUGUUUCAGUUGCUCAUGGUCCUCGACUAGGUAUUGGAAUGGACUCGUGUGUGAUCCCUCUGAGACAUGGAGGUCUUUCCCUAGUCCAAACCACAGACUUCUUCUAUCCUUUAGUGGAGGAUCCUUACAUGAUGGGACGAAUUGCCUGUGCAAAUGUUCUGAGUGAUCUGUACGCCAUGGGCAUCACAGAGUGUGACAACAUGCUCAUGCUUCUCAGUGUCAGUCAGAAGAUGAAUGAGAAGGAGAGAGAUCAGGUGAUACCUUUGAUGAUGAAGGGCUUUCGUGAUGCGGCAGAGGAGGCCGGGACUUCGGUAACUGGGGGACAAACAGUCGUCAAUCCCUGGAUCAUCAUUGGGGGUGUGGCCUCUGUGGUGUGCCAGCCCAAUGAUUUCAUCAUGCCUGACAGUGCUGUACCUGGAGAUGUGUUAGUUCUCACUAAACCCCUGGGAACUCAAGUAGCAGUGAAUGCACAUCAGUGGCUGGAUAUACCUGAGAAAUGGAACAAGAUAAAGUUGGUGAUAUCCAGGGAGGAAGUGGAGCAAGCUUAUCAGGAGGCUAUGCUCAAUAUGGCCACCCUCAAUCGCACUGCUGCUGCCUUAAUGCACAAAUUUAAUGCCCACGCUGCCACGGACAUCACAGGCUUUGGGAUCAUAGGUCAUGCGCGGAAUCUCGCCCAGCAGCAGAAAAAUGACGUGGCCUUUGUUAUUCACAACCUUCCCAUAAUCUCCAAAAUGGCUGCAAUCAGCAAAGCCGGUGGCAACCUGUUUGGGCUUUUGCACGGCACCUCUUCUGAAACAUCAGGUGGUCUGUUGAUCUGCUUGCCACGGGAACAAGCAGCCCGGUUUUGUGCCGAGAUGAAAUCCAGUCGAGUGGGUUUGUCGGGAGCAGUGGGUCAGGACGGAGGGGCGGGCGAUGGGCAACAGGCUUGGAUCAUUGGCAUCGUGGAGAAGGGCAAUCGUUGCGCCCGCAUCAUUGACAAACCUCGGAUCAUCGAGGUCCCUUACCGUGGCUCUGUGGUCAGCGCACAGGAGGGGAGCAACAAUAAUGCCAGUCCUCCUGAGGUGCAGCUGACAUAACAACUCCACAGCGCCACGGAGGGUAUCUCAGUGAUCAUCAUUCUUUACCCCCGUCUCUAACUAUGUCCUCAGUGGGCUUGAUAGAAUGAAGUGUGUGUGGCCAUAACAGACAUGGUGUUUGUGUGAAGGACGUAUGUGCGGUUACUCCUGCUGUCCAUUUCUUCCCCCUGUUCAACCAAAAGGUUGAGAGCAACAGACCAAAAAUGUUUUGAUUUUCCUGGUGGGAGAUGGAAUGGACAACAAGCAAACAUAUUUUCAUCUCUCAUCCUCCAUCUCAUUCUUUCAAACACACACCUCCACUUUGUUUUUCAGUGUUUACCAGCUUUUCUUUAAAAGAAUAGUUCACCCAAACCUGAAUUUACCCUCAUGUUACUGAAGACUUGUAUGCUGCUAUAUAUAUUAACUUUUACAAUUUACAUGGAACACAGCCUACAGUUUUAUAUACAACUGAUCAGUGAACAUGUCUAUAAAAAAAAAACAUCACAAAAGUGGUCCUUCUGCACUAUAUUCUAGGUAUUUGAGGCCAGACACUUUAAAAAGUGUUUUUUUUUUUUUUUUAAAACUCCAUAUACGUAUUUUCCAGCACGCAUAUUUAGACUUUCUUGUAUCAAAAAACAUUUACCUGAGAAGCAAAAUGACAUUGUUUCUGAAAAAAAUGAUCAAAAUGAGGUGAGUUCAUGCUUAAAUCAAAGGGAAAACAAGUGUAUUCAUGCUUCUUUUUUUUUUCUUCUUGUUUUAAGUCUUUUUCUUAUGAUUUUUCUUGCCACAGAAAUUUUUCUUGUUUUUAGGUUUAAACUCACUUUUUUUCAGAGAACAGAUGUAAAAACUUAUCUUCAUGCUUCUCAAGUAAAUGUUGAAUGUGUAAACAUUUGUACUGGAAUGAAAAAAUGAGUAAGAAAGACAUGUUUUGCAGGCAAAAUUGGUUAAAAUUUUAAGUGGGUAAUUAUGUUUAUAUGGAAAAGUACUCAAUUCUCAUUUCAUGUUCCUCUGGGAAAAAAAACAACAACAUCAUACAGGGUUUCAAAUAACAUGAGGUUGAAUAAAUGAAAUUAAAUUUACAUUUUUGGGUAAACUAUUCCUUUUUCUUUGACCAAAAACCUUUUUUUUCCAUAAAUGAGUUUAAACCUUUUGUCCAGAGCUUAAUUCUCUCUUCUUUUUUAGUUUGUGACUUUGAGACCCUAAAAUGAAGCCAGGCUUACUAAGAAAACAUUCCAACGAGUUCCUGAUCAAUCAAAUGCUUUGAAUAGCAGUGAUCCAAAAAUGACAAUCAAAAGUGUUUUCUUUUAAGCCAUCUGACAGAUGUGUCAAAGCUAGACACACGGUCACACCAGUGCAUCCUGGGGCCUGAAUAACCGUAAUUGUUGGUUUAAUUGAGAUAUUUAAUUGUACAAUCAAUAUUUAUUUUGUGUCAAAGAUUUAAAUGCAGUUCGAGUUUCAAGUGUUUUUGUUUUUUUAGGUGAUGCUGAUCUUGAAUGGUCCACAUAAGUCUGAAUCUUCCACCUGUUUUAAUAGGAAAUCCUUGUAACAUUGACACACGCCUGGUAAAAUUAGGUUAAUGUUCUCUCUUGUGGUUUGUUUUCCUGAAUAGAGUGACCUUACACUGGUUAGAUUAGGUUAGACUGGUUCUUUAUUCAUUAGAAUAUGUACGACAAGUGUUAUGGUUUUAGGGGCAGCAGUUAAUUCUGAAUGAUUGUGUUGAGACAUAUGGGUGAUGUGCAUUGUAAACUCAUUUUCUUCUCAUUCAAUCUGUUGAUUUUGAGCAGAAGAUAAGGUAGUCUGGUUCUUCUCCGCCUUGUAUUUGAGAAAGGGUUGAGCAGCUUUCUCUGGUCCAGCGGGUGAGCCCAGAAUACCUUUUGUGCCAACUGAAUGGCUGGGACAGAACAGCAGUGUCCACAGUCCUCUUUAUGACACCUCUCUCUUUAACCCCAGCUCGUGGGAUGGGUGAGGUUGAUGUUAGAUAGGAAGUGAUAGGCUGAUCUGCCAUGUUCAUUCACUUGACACUGGUUUUGUCAUUGCAGUUUUCAUCCAUUUUAACAUUGCAACUUAAUAAACCUGGAAUUUCUCUAAA